CUGGGGCAAUUGUCGGACGCUCGCAAGAGACUUCGCGGCAAAGCUUGGGGAGUAUACGCCGACGCAUAACCGCGAAGUACAUUUACAGCUGAUGCGACAGACGUACUUGGAGCAAGAUGAACGGGCAGAGUCACACCCACGACAUGGCGGUGUUGGUCAACAUGGUCCUGUUCCUCAUAGCGAGUCCGAUGAAGAAGAAAUAUGUCCGUUUUUACUCGAUGAACAACAAGCCCAUGAGACGACUACCCCUCUAGUACUACUCCUGCAGCAGAAAAAUGUGAAAGUUCUCCAGCUGAUCGAAUACUACAGCAACAUGCAGAGGAAGCUCAGAGUGGUUGUGAGGGCGAUGAAAGAAAGAUCACACAACGAGCUGGGUUUGGUAGUUCCGAAAAUCCUUUCCCCAGCGGCGGAACGGAAACUCACACUGGACAACAUGGUUGUGCGGAUAUUGCAACUUCUCCGUAUGACCUUGUAGAUGAAUCAGAUCUAAUACACUGUCGAGAUAUCAGAUUUACAAUGCCGAUUGUCGAGAUAUCAGAUUUACAAUGCCGAUUAAACAGUCCUUGCAUAGUGAACAUCGCACUAUCGUAGAGAAAGAUGAAGCUGAAGCUUUUAGAGCUAAAAUCAGCAAAAGAAGAUGAAAAGUAUAUAGCAGAAGAAGACUAAAAGACUUUUAUAUAUAUGUACUGGACUAAGAUUUUUGUAUAUCUUCUACUGCUCCAGACUAGAUUCGCGUCGUCGCAUCUUCUGCAAAGUAACUGACUGCUAAGUACACUGCGUGAGCAACAUUAUGGGAACAUCUCUUACCAUUU